UAUUGUAGGUGUUUAUCUUGUCGGGCGGAGCGGAACCUGACCCCUUUUCUUAGUUACCUCCCUUGCUGUGCCCCGUGGGGUCGUAUCAUAUGAUGAUAGUGUUGACAAUCCUGGGAUUGACAGAGACACAUGCAGGAUUUGACUUUCCGCUUAUCGUCUUUACUCCGACACACGGCGCUAAUGGUUAGCAAUAUAAAAUGGCCCCUCUUUGGCUGGCUUUUCCUCCAGCAAUCCGCUCUACUAUCAUCUGCCUCACAUACUAGCUUAACCGCACUUACCACCAUCAUCAUGAUCAACAACAACACCGAGCAAUGCAACUGCAACUCCAACUGCAACUGCCAGGUUGGUAGCUGCACCUGCAAGAAGUAAAU